GUGGGUUUACCGGCCAAAAGUGGUGUGUCAGGCGAUAUGAUAAUCGUGGUACCGAACGUGAUGGGUAUCGGUAUCUAUUCGCCACCACUCGAUCCACUCGGUAACACUGUACGAGGUGUGAAGUUCGCUGAACAACUCGUCGAGAAAUUUAACUUUCAUAAUUACGAUAGUCUUGUUUAUUCGGAUACCAAAAAAAUAGAUCCACGAAAAAUGGUUCGAGAACUGAGCAACGAAUCCAUAUCGAACAUGAUGUACGCCGUGAGGGCUGGCGAUAUUUCCUCUAUUCAACGAUAUAUUCUAUUGGGUGUGAGCAUUCACGAGCGAGAUUACGAUGAACGAACCGUUCUGCAUAUUGCUGCCGCAGAAGGGAAUGAAUAUAUACUGAAAUUUUUACUUGAACGAUGGAAAGAAAGCGCUGACCCAAAGGAUCGUUACGGGCGUACACCACUGGACGAUGCCAAAGAGUUCGGACAGAGCAAAUGCGUUGAACUGCUCGAGAAGAAGUUGGAGCGUCAAGCGAAGAUGUCGUCGUCUUUUGCACGUAAAACGUCGUUGCACAGCCCGCAGAACAUCGACUCAAGCACAGAGUCGCGCGAUCGAACGCAAUCCGAUAUCGCAUCCACCACUAAUCAAUGA